UAAUUGAAUUGCCGAAUAUACCCUUACCAGAUUCAACGAGUCUCCAUUGCAGCCACUCCGAUUCCUCCAUAGCAACCCAACCCAUGCAAAUUCUGGUGGCUCCGCCAUCGCCACCGUCUUAUCUACGUAAGCUGAAUCAACUACCAUUUCUCCGCAUGCACUUCUAAGUGUGAAGGCAUAAAUGGUUAAUUUUCAGAUGGAUGAACUAUUGAGGAAUCAAAUCUUUGCUAUCCAUGCAAUUGCUGCUGCAGGGUCAGUGACAUUAGGCAAUGCUCUAACUUACCCUCUUGAUACUGCCAAAGUCAUUAUUCAGGUCGGCUCUAGUUCUGGCAAACCAUUGACGACCACUAAGGCUUUAGACAGAGUCAAAUAUUUAUCUGGCUAUUCAGGUUUGUAUAAUGGUUUUGGCUGGUUAGCAUUGGGAAGAAGUUUAGGCGUUGGAGCUCGUUUUGGAACCUAUGAAAUCAUGGCCGCUUAUUUCAAAGAUGGUCGACAAUACAAUUAUUUAUCUUUAUCCGAGGCCUUUAGGGCUGGAAUGGUAGCUGGAGUAGCCGAAUCAGUCAUAACCACUCCUUUUGAGCUCGUAAAACUUCGUGCACAGGUUGCUUCAGCUUCUCCUCCUUCAAACUACUCCUCUAUGAGAAAAAAGCGAGUUGUUACACCACUUAUCGAAAAACUACUACGUGGAUAUACUCCAGACAGAAAGGCAUUAAAUUAUUCUGUUGACCUCUUAUCAACACUGAGAAACAAACAUACAAACAUGACGGGUGCUUUGCAAGCCUAUCCUUGGAUGAUGACCGGGUCUGGGAGUCCACCAUCAGUCACCAAUGUUAGGAGACUACCUGAUAUUAUAUCUUUGGAAGGAUGGAGUUCAUUAUUGAGAGGUCUAAGGCCAGGUCUAGUUCGGGAUUCUAUUUAUGGUGGCGUCUUCUUUACGGCUUGGGAAUUCCUACACCAAGCAAUGGUGGAUUGGAAGGCAAUUGGAAUGAAUCCAGUACCCAGUAUGGAUGAAGACAUUCCACUAUCUCCUUUAGCUGUUACCUUUGCAGCUGGAUUAUCUGGUUCAGUUGCUGCUGCUGCUUCACAUUGUUUCGACACUGCCAAGUCCCGGUCCUUAUGUACUGUAGUACCUAAGUUUGUCUCCUUGGAAAGAAAGUUUCUCAAAUGGAAACGACCCGGGAGUAGGUUUGAGAGAUGGACGGGGAUUCACCCUGCAGAUAGAAAAGUCCUGUUUAAUGGCAUUGGAUUGCGGAUGGCUCGAUGUGGAAUCUCAUCGUUUGUGCUCGUUGGAAGUUAUUUCUUGAUAGUUGAUCAAUUGGUUUCGACAGGAAAUAGACUGACAUAGUAAUUUUGUUCGAUUUUUGUUGUUUCAAGAGAGCCCAUUUUGAAUCCGGCGGCAUAUUUGUAUUCUGGUUUUUAUAGUUUUACCAAACAGAAACUUAUAUAAAGGAACAAGCAUUCAUAUCAUAUACUAGAGAAUAAUAUGAUAUGAACAGAAGAUUUGUACAAUAUUAUCCAGAUGUUAUAGUUGUCUUUGAUUCUUUUUCUUCUCA